ACGCAACUUCCUGACGGAAACGGAAACUUGUACCAUUCUCCACGUGCGGUAGCAUUUCAGCCACAUUGGCGUGUUCUAGGCUGUACGAUGAGACGACCAAAGUUAAAGAAAGCCAGCAAGCGGGUCUCCUGUGCCAAACGGUACAAAAUACAGAAGAAGGUCCGGGAGCAUAACAAAAAGCUAAAGAAAGAAGCUAAGAAGAAAGGAGUUCAGAAACGAGUGAAGAAGGACCCGGGAGUGCCCAACAGUGCUCCUUUUAAGGAGGAGGUCCUCAGAGAGGCCGAGCAAAGGAGGCUACAGCUUGAAGAAGAAAAUGAGAGAAAACGACAAGCCAAAAAGGAGGAACGAGCCCAGAAGAGGAAACAAGAGAAGGAGGCUGCAACUAAAGAGACAGAACCUAAAGCCAAGAAGACCCGAAAGGAUAAAACAGGAGAUAAACCAACGGCCCCAAACAAAAACUCUAAACAGUUCCUUUGUGCUCAACUAAACAAGGUUAUCGAUGCGUCCGAUGUUGUAAUAGAAGUCCUCGACGCUCGAGACCCGCUGGGAAGCCGGUGUCCACAGCUAGAGGAGGCCGUGCUGCUGGGGGGAGGCAACAAGAAAUUACUUCUGGUUUUAAACAAAAUUGAUCUGGUACCUAAAGAAACGGUGGAGACAUGGAUGGAGUGUUUACAAAAGGAGCUUCCAGUUGUGGCGUUCAAAGCAUCAUCACGGAUCCAAGACAAGACGGAGGGAGCCAAAAAGAGAAGAAUAGUCCCCUCAAAUGAAGUCCUGGACAAGUCCAGGGGAGCAGCCAGCCUGGGGGGUGUUCGUCUCUCAGAGUUGCUGACAAGUUAUGCUGCGAAGACGCAAAACGAAGCUGCGCUCAAAGUUGGCGUAGUCGGUUUCCCCAACGUUGGGAAGAGCAGCCUCAUUAACAGCUUGAAGGGAAUGCUCGUGUGCCAUCUUGGGGCUAGCAGAGGAACCACAAAAACUAUGCAGGAAGUGCACCUCUCCAAACAAGUGAAGUUGAUCGACAGCCCAGGAGUGGUGGCCUCGUCGUCCAACCCCCAAGUCUCUCUGACUCUGAGGAGCUUGCAGGUGGAGGAGGGUCACCUGAGCGUGCUGGAUGCUGCCAGGACUCUGCUUAAACAGUGCGAUCAGAGCCAGAUCAUGCUUCAGUACAACGUCCCCGACUUCAGAAACUCCCUGGAGUUCCUGACCCUGUUCGCUAAGAAACGUGGGUACCUGCAGAAGGGUGGAGUUCCCAACACGGAGCAAGCAGCCGUUACGUUUCUCUCCGAUUGGACGGGAGCCAAACUAAGUUACCACUGUCGGGUGCCGCCCAACUACAGCCCCCCUCCCUACAUGUCUGACGCCGUGGUCACGGAGAUGCGUGCAGGCUGGGAUCUGAACAAAGUCAAGUUAGGAAACGUGGAAACACUAAAAGGUUUUAAAUUUCCACACCAGGCCAGCAGCAUACACUUCACGUCCAAAGGGCCGACGGCAGGUUUGCUGAGCGCGUCUGAAGAAACGGCUGCGACAGAGGACGAGGUGCAGCAGAACGAGAACAUCGAGCCUCAACAAACCGAGGACUCGUGUGAGGUAGAACUCAAGAAACCCCAUAAAACAUCCCAUAAAGAAAAUCCCAACAAGGUGAAAUUUCAGUCUUUCCCCAUCGACAUCAGCCUCUCUACAGUUACCACAGAUGAUGCUUAUGACUUCAACACGGAUUUUAAAUGAGCUCUUCCUUCACUCUCAUUUAAUUUAAAUAAAAGGUGUUUUUCCAUUACAUUGGAGCAGUUAGGGAUCAAGAUUUUCCCUAUUUUAAGUUGCAUCUAGUACAAUAUACGUAAUAUUAGUACCUUGUGUUGCUGUUUUAUCAGUUGAAGUCCCAAACGAGACAGACUGAUAGGAUGAUACAGAAACAUACAUCAUCUAUGCAGCAGCAUCUUCCACACAAAAUGAUGUUUUGUAAAACAAUGUCUUUUUUUUUAUUGUGCAAACACGUAUAUGAUGCUAAAUUAUUAAGCAGAGUUUUUAUACUCAGACUGGCAGUAUUUGGGGUCAUAAGCCUUUGCUGCAGUUUUGUUGAAGCUGAAACAUUUGGGAACUGCUGCCUCAGUCAGUAAUCUGAUUAUUAAACUUCUGUACUGGAAGUCUUUGUGUCACAGCUUCAGUGUUUAUUGUAUUUGCAGCAUCAAAUAUAAUUGAGCGACAGGCAGCUGACCUUGCCUGUGGUGUUGGGUACUUUCUGCUGAGGAUGUAGAACCGUGCUCUCGUGUAAUGGAAACCUGCCAUUAGAUACAUGAAGAUGCAGAGUCACCAUCAGGAUACAUAUUUCAGUCUGCUGGUCCUGUUCAGUUCACAAGCCCCUGUAAACCUGAAGACCAUCGGACGAAACGCCUCGUACAGACUUCACUUUGAACAAUAUUCUGACAGCUGUUCUGGGGCAGUUCAUUCAUGACAGUUGUGUAAAUAUCCAUCGUCUACUUUUUAAAAAAAGAUGUUUGUCU